AUGGAGAUCGAAAGUCGGAUCAAGGCCUAUACAUUCGUUGGAUAUGUAGCCGCUAGCUUCUCAUUUGUGGCCAUUUUGUCCAUAUGUAUUACAUUGCCUAUGGCUUAUAAUUAUGUACAUCAAGUACGAAGACAAAUGAAUAGUGAAAUUAUGUUUUGUCCAGAAGGGCCCCCUGGACCACCCGGUGAACCAGGAGCAGAUGCACCAAAUGAACCACUUAAACCAGGAGAGCCUGGACCUCAGGGUGAGCCAGGACCUGUAGGAGCACCAGGACCAGCAGGAGAACCAGGUCAUGAGGGACCACAAGGACUUCCAGGACCUAAAGGAAAGCCUGGUGCUGAUGGCAAACCAGGCAGAGAUGGAAGUCCAGGUCCUCGAGGUCCACCUGGUCAACCUGGCCCACCUGGUGAAAAAGGUAUCUGUCCAAAAUACUGUGCUAUUGAUGGCGGUAUUUUCUUUGAAGAUGGUACACGUCGUUAA